AUGCGAUGUGGACAGAAGUCAUGCCAAGCCUCCCACUACUACAACUUCGUGUGGAGCAACGGCAUCAAGACCAAUUCGCUCGAUCCCAACCAGGCCGAGUAUAUCUUCGUGACCGCCAACACCGGGUUCCACGUCUCCUUCCUUGCUUAUCACGAUGCCCUGCAAUUCAGAGGCUACUUGAGCAAUCACGCCAUCGCCUGGUCCCAAACGAACGCAUUAUGGGCAGAUGACCAUGCACAUGCUCGAUUUCACAAGGACUAUGCAUUGGCUCGUCUUCUCUGGAAUGUCAUGAGCGAACUGUCGGUCAUGUGGAAAUCCACUAUGCCAAGCACUUCCAUUCAGAAACUUCGCACAAUUCGCGUAGAUGAUCCUGUGCAUGAAGGGCAUCUUCGGGACUUCCACCGAUGGUGGCAAACCAUCGAAACUCCCCAUCGCAUGUCGCAGUCUGUCAAAGAGAUCGCUGUCGAUGGCCACGAGAAGAUCGCCACAAAGUGCUAUCAUGAAGCACCAGCUCGCGGUGGUCGUCCUCGGAAGGAUGGCCAUGUCAAAUUGUUCUACAACGGCUGGUUCAUGGCGACACACCCUGGGACCGGAGUCAUCCUAGGCCUUUUUGAGAUGAAAGAUCCAGAGAAUUCGGAUGUUGCGCUCAAUCUUGUGCAAAAUUUGCUACCGCAUUAUCCCAAAGUGGAUGCAGUACUCUACGAUCGAGCCUGUAGCAUCUUCAAGAAGGCUAAGAACACACAGGAUUUGAAGCCUGUCAAGUUCUGGUGUGUAGACAAAUUCCACGCAAAGGGACAUUGCAACAAAUGUAAAUGUUCCCCGUCUGUGGUGCCAGCAAUCGAUAAGCGACUGAAAAGAGUCAACACAUCGAUUUCUGAACAGGUGUUUUCGUGGUUCCGUGGGUACAGCUCCACAUUCAACUCCAUGAACGCGAAACACCAAAGAUUCUAUGUGUUGGCUUACUCGCGUCGACACAAUCAUUUGCAAAAAUUAGAUGACAUGCAGCACCUCAAUCCUUGGUCUGCCCGUAAGUCCACUUUGAAGCGAGCCGGCGUGCUGCAGAAGCCAGCCAGCCGCAAAUAUAAGUGUAGGGUCAAGAAGCAAGCCGUCUUGAAGAGACCCGCACAGAAAUGA